AUGGAAAAAGAAAAUUGCUUAUCAGUGACUGAAUUCAUUUUCUUAGGAAUCACUAAUACACUGGGGAUGAAAGUCGCCCUGUUUACCAUGUUUCUACUUGUUUAUCCAAUUAACCUUCUGGAAAACCUUGGAAUGAUCAUUUCAAUAAGAAUGGAUCCCCAGCUGCACACACCCAAGUACUUUUUCCUCUGUCACCUCUCUUUCGGUGACCUCUGCUAUUCCACAACAAUUGGACUCAAGAUGCUUUUCAACGUUUUGGCCAAGAACAAGUCAAUUCCCUUAUUUGGCUGUGCUCUGCAAUUCCUAAUCUCCUGCACCUUUGCAGAUACUGAGUGUCUACUGCUGGCAGUGAUGGCAUAUGAUUGGUACAAGGCCAUCAGCAACCUCUUGCUCUACACAGUCAGCAUGUCCAGCAGAGUGUGCUCCCUGCUCAUGGCUGGGGCUUACAUGGUGGGAAUGGCAGACUCUUUGAUACACACAACACUAGCAUUCCACUUAUGCUUCUGUGCAUCAAAUGAGAUUAACUAUUUCUUCUGUGAUAUUCCUCCUCUCUCAUUGCUGUCUUGCUCAGAUACACAGAUCAAUGAGUUAGCAAUAUUCACUAUUUAUGGCUUCAUUGAACUGAGUUCCAUUUCAGGAGUCCUUGUCUCUUAUUGUUAUAUUUCCCUAUCAGUUUUGAAGAUCUGCUCUGCUGAGGGGAGGUUCAAAGCUUUUUCCACCUGUACUUCCCACCUCACUGAAGUUACAAUUUUCCAAGGAACCCUGCCUUUCAUGUAUUUAAGACCAAGCUCUUCCUACUCUCUUGAUUGA